AUUCAACUUUCCUAGAAGCAAGAAAACAGAGCUUAAAACGAUGGCGCAGUUCUGGAAACCGGGAACCGAGAAGCCCCGCCUCCUCGACGACGAGGAAGGCGGCGUGCUUUUCUUGUCUUCUUCUUUCUCUUCCUCUUCUUCUGGAUAUGGGUACGCGAGCAUUGAGAGGCAAAGACAAAGGCUGCCAGUUUACAAGUAUAGAACUUCUAUUCUUUAUUUGGUGGAGUCUCACGCUACUUCCAUUGUUGUUGGUGAAACGGGUAGUGGCAAAACGACUCAAAUCCCGCAGUAUCUUAAAGAAGCAGGUUGGGCUGAUGGUGGGCGUGUUAUAGCUUGCACACAACCAAGACGACUAGCUGUCCAGGCAGUUGCUUCAAGGGUAGCUGAGGAGAUGGGCGUCAAAGUUGGAGAAGAAGUUGGCUACACAAUUCGAUUUGAAGAUAUCUCUAAUCCAGAUGCUACUAGGAUAAAAUUUCUCACAGAUGGAGUCUUACUUAGAGAAAUGAUGGAUGAUCCCCUUUUGACCAAGUACAGUGUCAUUAUGGUGGAUGAGGCUCACGAAAGAUCUAUUUCAACAGACAUUUUACUUGGUCUUCUGAAAAAGAUCCAAAAGCGUCGACCUCAGCUGCGCCUGCUUAUAUCUUCUGCUACGAUCGAAGCAAAAGCAAUGUCUGAUUUCUUCCAGUCCAGCAAAAGACGUCAAGUAUCGGAAGGUGAGGAGCUUAGACCAAGGUUGGAGCCUGCGAUCCUAUCUGUUGAGGGUAGAGGGUUUAAUGUGCAAAUUCAUUAUGUGGAGGACCCUGUCCAAGACUAUGUUCAGGCAGCUGUUUCAACAGUGCUAUUGAUCCAUGACCAGGAACCAGCAGGUGAUAUUUUAGUAUUUCUUACUGGUCAAGAUGAUAUUGAUGUUGCUGUUAAGAUGCUUACUGAAGAAGCUCGAAGCAAUGGGAAAAAUUCUUCAGGGUUGAUUAUUCUGCCUCUAUACUCGGGACUUUCACGUGCAGAACAGGAUUUGGUGUUUUCUCCAACUCCUAAAGGUAAGAGAAAAGUAGUGAUAUCAACAAAUAUUGCAGAGACAUCAUUGACUUUAGAGGGAAUUGUCUAUGUUGUUGACAGCGGGUUCUCAAAACAACGAUUUUACAAUCCGAUCUCAGAUAUAGAAAAUCUUGUAGUGGCACCAAUAUCCAAGGCAUCUGCUAGACAAAGGGCUGGAAGGGCCGGUAGACUUCGACCUGGGAAGUGUUACAGACUUUAUACAGAAGAGUAUUUUGUCAAUGAAAUGUCUGCUCAAGGAAUCCCAGAGAUUCAGAGGUCAAAUCUUGUUUCCUGUGUGAUUCAGUUAAAAGCCUUAGGCAUCGAUAAUAUUUUGGGCUUUGAUUGGCCAGCAUCUCCAUCUCCUGAAUCAAUGAUCCGAGCACUUGAAGUACUUUAUUCACUUGGAGUCCUUGAUGAUGAUGCCAAACUUACUUCACCAGUUGGGUUUCAAGUUGCAGAAAUUCCACUGGAACCAAUGAUCUCAAAAAUGAUUUUAGCUUCAAAUGAGCUUGGGUGUUCAGAGGAAAUCAUUACUAUUGCUGCUGUUCUCUCCAUCCAGUCUAUCUGGUUUUCUGGUAGGGGUGUGCAAAAGGAACUGGAUGAAGCCAAAUUGAGAUUUGCUGCUGCUGAGGGUGACCAUGUUACUUUCCUGAAUAUUUACAAAGGAUUUCUCCAGUCAGGCAAAUCUUCACAGUGGUGUCAUAGGAACUUCAUAAACUAUCAUGCCAUGAAAAAAGUAAUGGAAAUCAGAGAACAACUCAAAAGAAUAGCACUGAGGUUGGGCAUUGUCUUGAAAUCUUGUGAAAGAGAUAUGCAGUCAGUGAGAAAGGCAGUCACUGCUGGGUUUUUUGCUAAUGCAUGUCGUUUGGAGGCUUUCAGUCAUAGUGGGAUGUACAAGACUAUUAGAGGUUCCCAAGAAGUUUAUAUUCAUCCAUCGUCUGUGUUGUUCAGAGUCAAUCCAAGGUGGGUUAUAUACCAUUCUCUUGUCUCCACUGACCGGCAAUACAUGCGCAAUGUCAUCUCCAUAGAUUCUUCUUGGUUAACUGAAGCUGCACCGCAUUUUUAUCAGCAGCAGCAGCAGCAGCUCAAUCCCAUUAUCCACUGACUGCCUUUAAAACUGGUGGAACAAGGCAGCUCAUCCAUUUGAUCGCACUGAGGGUUUGACUGUAAAUCUUAAACGGACGUAGAUAUUCUAUCUGCAAUUUGAGAGAGUAUAUAUCUUGAUAUUUGACUUGCAGUAGCCUACUGUGGUUGUGUUACAUUCAUUUACUUUAUCUUUCGUUCCUUCUAUUUGUUGGAUAACAUUUUCUAAUCUUUGGAAGUAGUCAACAAUGUGGAAGCCUUGGAGGAUGAAAAUCUCUUAACGAGGUCUUCUUGCUAAGUUGAGGUUCCGUGUUCUGAA